ACAAGCACUCAGUACCUUUUCAGAAAAGUUAUUUCUCCAACUUCUUCCUCAGACCGAGCAGUUGACAGGAGACAUGGAGAGGCGCAUUCCGUUCACCUUCCUCCGCACCCCCAGCUGGGACCCCUUCCGCGACUGGUACCAGGGCAACCGUCUGUUCGACCAGUCCUUCGGCAUGCCCUCCCUGCCCGAGGAGUUCAACCCCUUCCCCAGCACCCACUGGCCCGGCUACAUCCGCCAGGGCCUGCCCGCCACCCCUGGAGAAAUGCCCUCCCAGAUGAUGCCCUCCCCGAUGAUGCCCCAGGUGCCCAUGAUGCCCCCAGUGUCACCCGUCUAUGCCCGUGCCCUCUCCCGACAGCUGAGCACAGGCAUGUCCGAGAUCAAACAGACAGCGGACAGCUGGAAGGUCAGCCUGGACGUCAACCACUUUUCCCCCGAGGAGAUUGUGGUGAAGACCAAAGACGGCGUGGUUGAGAUCACAGGAAAGCACGAGGAGAGGAGAGACGAGCACGGCUACAUUUCCAGAUGCUUCACAAGGAAAUACACACUGCCCCCUGGUGCUGACCUCGAGAAGAUCACAUCCUGCCUGUCGCCUGAGGGCGUGCUAACCGUGGAGGCCCCCCUGCCCAAACCAGCCAUCCAGGGCUCCGAGAUCACCAUCCCAGUCAACGUGGAGAAAGGCAGCAUGGUCAAGAAAGAAUAGAACCAACCCAUACAUAUAACCACUGUGCAUCCCCUCACUCCUCUCACACACACACACACACACACACACACACACACACACACACACACACACA